AGAAACAUCCCCUCUCCCGCCGCCUUCGAUGAAGUUAGCCGGAGAAUCACGCCGCCGGCGAGCAUCUCGUUUCCACCCCACUCUCCCUCUCAUCGCCAUCGCCCUCCUACUCCUCUUCCCGCCGCCCCCUCGCACACACGCGCUCCGUGUCCCACUGCGCGAGGUCGCGUCCCUCCUCUCCCUCUCCCACUCGCUCCUCACCCGCGUUGCCGUCGCCCGCGCCGACCGGGGAGACGCCGCCGCCGCAGCCCGUGCUCGCCGAAUCGCCUCGCACCUCUCCCUUCUCUCCUCCCGCGGGGCGUGGGCCCUCGGCUGGGACUACCUCCGCCACUACGCUUUCUCCUCCGCCGCCGGAUGCGGCCUCUCCUGCGCCACCGCCGCCGCCCGCCUACUGGCCGCUGCAGCUGAGGCCUCGCGCCUGAGUUCACCUGUCGAUGCCGCCCAGUGGCUGGGCCGUAAUUACGCUGACCUCCGAGCCGCCGCCACCAAGCUCCUCAGCGGCCUCCUUGCUGCCUUCUCCGAGCAGGGGCCGUUAAGAGAGGUGGUGUUGGAUGUUAAGUGGGAGGUGGAGGAAGGGGGGUUGCUCAAGGAUUGCCUUCAAGUGGGAGCCAAAGACUUGGAGGGCUUGCUUAUCAUUGCCAAAGAUCUCAUGUUUGGGGCCUCAAGGGCUUCUUCGCCCCAUAGUGAACUCUGAGGUGAGUCCUGAACAAGAAAGAUGUUCCAUUAUGUCCUCCACCGAUGGAGAAUGCUUCAGAUCCAACAGCUCACCUACACCUUUAAAGCCUCUUCAGUUUGGUGAUACUGCAUACAACACAUCACGUUAAGCUAUCUUAUCUGUUCGAAGAAAAAGGUUAAGCUACCUUACAUGUUGCAGUUCAUGAAGAGAAUUAUUAACCCUGAUGUUUAGUGACAGUACAGCUUUAGCUGUGAUUGUAAUAUAUCUGUGUUCCUUGGGUCUGUUUUGGCUUA